AUCGGCAUAGGGGCGGGGUGGGAGGAGCUGCUGGAGGGGGCGGUGUUAUUAAGGACGUCGAGCGUUGAUUGGAAGAGCAUCGUAAUUGGGCGUGGUCGGGGGGGUCUGCUGUCAGUAAGCAGUGCCGGUUUCGUGGAGUUUGUGUCUUUUUGCACGAGGCCGGCGAAUUACUACGAUUUCUUCCUGUUAGGAGGGAUCGGAACCCAGAAAGGAACCUGAAGAGUUAAUACUGCUCAGUAGCACUUUGCAUCAGCUGCACAGUCCUCAGUCUCUCAAAAUGGCCACAAGACUGAGACCUGCCUCAAAGAAAUGCACCGUAAUAGGUGGCUCGGGAUUCCUGGGUCAGCACCUGGUGGAGCGCCUUGUGGAGAAAGGCUACUCGGUCAAUGUGUUUGAUGUCCGGAAAGGCUUUGAGAAUGACCAGGUGCAGUUCUUCUUGGGAGAUCUCUGCAGCAAAGAGGAUCUGCUUCCGGCAUUGCACGGGGUGACUGUGGUAUUUCACUGCGCAUCACCAGCCCCUUCCAGCAACAACCGAGAACUUUUCUACAAGGUCAAUUACUUAGGGACCAAAGUGGUCAUUGAGGCUUGCAAAGAAGCUGGCAUCCAGAAACUGGUGUUGACCAGCAGUGCCAGCGUCGUCUUUGAGGGCACCGACAUCAAGAAUGGAACUGAAGAUCUUCCGUACGCAAAGAAGCCCAUAGACUACUAUACGGAGACCAAGAUUCUGCAGGAACAGGAAGUUCUGAGUGCCAGUGAUCCAGAGAGGAAUUUCUUCACCGCCGCUAUUCGCCCCCAUGGCAUCUUUGGCCCGCGGGAUCCCCAGCUGGUUCCCAUCCUUGUCCAGGCAGCCCGAAGUGGCAAGAUGAAGUUCAUGAUUGGAGAUGGGAAGAACUUGGUGGAUUUUACAUUUGUGGAAAACGUGGUCCAUGGACACAUACUGGCUGCCGAGCGACUUCAGAAAGACUCUUCCAUUUGUGGAAAGGCGUUCCACAUCACGAACGAUGAGCCGAUCCCCUUCUGGGAAUUCAUGUCUCGGAUCCUGACGGGCCUGAAUUAUGAUGCCCCCAAGUACCGCAUCCCCUACUGGCUGGCUUAUUACCUGGCCCUCCUUCUAUCCCUAAUUGUGUCACUGCUCAGCCCCUUCAUCACUAUCAACCCCACCUUCACCCCCAUGCGGGUGGCGCUUGCUGGCACGUUCCACUACUACAGCUGUGCCCAAGCCAAGAGGGACAUGGGCUACAAGCCCCUGGUCAGCCUGGACGAAGCGGUGGCAAUAACCGUUCAGAGCUACCCGCACCUCCGCCGUGCCAAGUAGCUAUCAAAGACCUAAGAGUGCACCAACAGAAUAUUUGGCCUCUACUUUGGAGGCCACCAUCUGAAAUGACUUUCUACCAUGAAUUGCCUGUGAUUGAUUUACUGUGACCAGCAUUUCACAAACUGUGACUACCCUGGUGGAGGUUCAAUUACCGUAAACCUGCAGCUUCACCAGCUACCAGCCUCUCUGUCAUGUCUGGGUGCUUUUCUGCUCUGUGUAUACCUUGCCUUUUCAGAGGGCAGAUGUAGUUUCUUUCUCUUGCUCUGUUUGGGGUUGGCACUAUACCUUUCCCUUCCAGAACUGCAAGGUUGCUCUUGGAGCAAAAGGGUUUGCCAGAUGCCACAGGUAGGUAUCCACUUCGUUUUCAUGUCAGCCACUGCAGGGAAACUACAGGGCCUCUGGCCUAAAUCAGUAGGAUCAUUCUGCCUGAAAUGUUGACUCUAUGAGAACUUUGUCUGGCGACCAAGAAGAUUAACGAGGGUUAUCCAUGUAACAAACAAAAAAAAUGACCUUGGGUGAAGUCUCUCAAAUAAAAAUGUGAAGCCCUA